AUGAAGAAUGUCAAGUCUGAUGACUUCAUCUCUGGCCUAGCACAAGAGAAAGACACAACGAACACAGUAGGACCAAACGUAACCUUUGAGUUGGUUUUUGUCAGCAGAGGGAGACUGCGCCUUGGCUCUGUGGUCACAGAUGGCAUAUUCUUCUCUAAGGUUGUGAACGCUGGGGAGAUGUUUGUAAUUCCUAGAGGACUAAUUCACUUUCAAUAUAAUGUUGGCAAGAAGAAGGUGAUGGCCAUUACUGCUUUCAAUAGCCAGUUGCCUGGGGUUGUGGUGGCUUCCAACACUCUGCUUGGGUCCAAGCCUGUCGUUCCUACUGAAGUGCUUGCCAAAACAUUUGGGGUUGAUGACCAGCUUGUAAAUCCCAUUCAGUCCAAGUUUGGAAACUAA